UCGACCUUCUUCCUCCCCAUUCGCCUCUGUUUUUCAUUGCUCUGUUCCGUAGAACCAGAACAGAGAUCUAAAAUUCCCUUUUUUCUGCUACCUUUUCAUUUCUCUUCCUUCUCGUUCUUCUUCUGAUCUCGCAGUGAAUUCCACUGCAUUGUUCUUCUUCUUGUUCUCGAAUCUGUAAUCGAUCGAGAUGGAAUACGAGGCUCGGUAUCGUCAGGUCCAGAAACCCAAAUACGAUUGCCUUCUCUUCGAUCUCGAUGACACUCUAUACCCACUCAGCUCUGGUUUAGCGGCUUCCUGCUGCAAGAACAUUGGAGAUUAUUUAGUGGAGGAAUUGGGGAUCGAGGAGAGCAAGAUGCCAGAAUUAGGCAACCUUCUGUACAGGAAUUAUGGCACAACAAUGGCUGGCUUAAGGGCUAUUGGCUACAACUUUGACUAUGAUCAUUACCACAGCUUCGUUCAUGGAAGACUGCCUUAUGAGAACCUGAAGCCUGAUCCUGUUCUGAGACAACUCUUGCUCAGCCUCCCAAUUCGCAAACUCGUUUUCACAAACGCUGAUAAAGCUCACGCACUGAAAGGGCUGAAGAAAUUGGGACUCGAAGACUGCUUCGAGGGAAUAAUCUGCUUCGAGACGCUAAAUCCGCCGACGCCGUCUUGCUCGAUCCAAAAGUCAACCGAAAUUUUCGACAUCGUCGGGCACUUCUCCCGGGCGGACGUUGCCGCCGGAGACGCGCUGCCGCCCACGCCGGUGCUCUGCAAGCCGUCGCCGGAAGCCAUGGCGCAGGCUUUGCGGAUCGCCGACAUCGAUCCUCAAAGAACAGUGUUCUUCGAUGACAGCGUACGCAACAUCCAAGCCGGGAAGCGCGUGGGGCUGCACACCGUCCUGGUUGGUACUCGACACCGUGUGAAAGGGGCAGACAACGCCCUGGAAAGCAUCCACAACAUGAAGGAGGCGUUGCCGGAGCUGUGGGAGGAGGCGGAGGCCACCGCCGGUGGCGUCCUGUACCCCGCCGCCGGCAAUGUGGCCAUGGAGACACCUGUGACCGCUUAAUUAAAAAUUAGUUCCAUGGAGCCGAUCGAAACAAGAGAGAGAGAGACAGAGAGCGAGCAAAGUAUAAUUGUGGACAUUGUACAUUUGAUUUAUCUAUUAGAUAUAAGGAUGAGAAUGAAUCCUUCCUCCUUUAUCGUCUA